UAGAAGGAAAGGGUUUACUACCUUUGCCUUCCAGUUUCCUUUCAAUGAAGCCACCAAGUCCAAUUGACUACAGUAUUUCUCUAGAAGAAGAAUAUAAUAAGGCAGAUCCAGUUCUAUAUUUGAGCUGCAAACCUCAUCAAAUCCUUGAUAUAGACCUUAAAGUACCACUGACUAAUGAAGCCAAGGAGAAGGCUUUGGCUUUUGCAGCACAGCAGCAGAUGUCAACUCUUGAAUAUGAAAGAAGGGCUAUCACUGGCACUCUGGAGAGCAGUACCAUUCGUGUGGCCAUUGCCCUCCUAGGACUAACCAAGAUUGAGUGCCUUUUGCUCUUUAAUAUUUCAAAGUUGAAGAAGCCUAAAUCCAUUUUAUAUACAACAGAACUGAGCCUUCCCGCACAUUUCAAUAUACCCAGGAAAAUUUACAUUCCUCAGAUUCCAGAACCUCCAGCUAUCCAGACUCAAUCUCUAGGAAUCCAACCUGAAAUUAUAACAGGAGACCAGCCACCUCAAAAACAACUGCCGAGCACCCAAGCAGCUUUAGAAGGAACUGUUUCAAUUCCUCUACGAUUUGCUCCUCUUGGGCCUGGAAGAUACCCUUGUAAAAUUUUGUUGCUAUCAAGAUAUGAUGUGCGUGUGUAUGUAGUUGAAGGUAUAGUAAAUGAACAAGAACCAGAGGCUGAAUUGUUGUUUAAAACACCAGCAUUUCAACCCCUUACACAGCACAUCCCAAUAAGAAAUGAAACAAAGAAACCUUGGAAAUUUCAAGCUAAAGUAGAAGGAGAGUGGUUUCAUGGACCUCCCAUUUUACAUGUUGGUCCUGGUAAAAUUGUCCAGUAUCCUUUGACAUUCUACCCCAUUUUGGAAUGUGAAAUUAUGGGUAAACUUACUUUAGAAAAUGAAGUAGAUGGUAUGGCACACAGCAUUGAAAUAGAUGGGAUUGGUACAAAACCUAUGGCCUUGGAUCAUAUUGUUAUAGACUGCAAAGUGGGAAAUGUGACAGAUAAGUCCAUAAUAGUGCCUAAUUAUACAAAAAGUCUCCUGACAUUUAAGGUAACUGCAGAUCUCUCAAUAGUGUGGGGAAAUUCUUAUAUCACCAUAGAACCUGACAGCUCAGUUCCAUACACUCUCCAUGUAUGCCCUUGGAAACGUGGAGAAUUCAGAGGUGCGAUUACAUUUACCGUUAAGAGAAGAAAUGAGGAAGAGUCUCAGGAAGAAACAGAUCCGGAGAAAGACAUCUCUUCACAAGAAACACCAUCAGAUCCAUCUACCAUUAUUUUUGAGGAAUACUCAGAUGAAAAAGUUAAAAAUUUAAAAAUCUGGUAUCAUCUCGAUAUCCAUAGCUUUCCUGGACCUCCUGUAGACACAAUCGAACUUCACUGUAUUGCUCUGGAGACUGUCUGCAUUGAAAUUCCCAUCUCCAAUACAAAAGAUAGAAGUAUUCGUAUGGAUGUGAAAUUGACAUCCUCUGCUCUUAGUGGACCGGAGGAAAUGAGACUGCAUCCGUUGAAAUGUGUGAAUUACAUUGUAUGGUAUUCUCCAGCAGCCACAGGCUAUAAAGAAGAAAGGUAG